AUCUGCCUGGAAAUGGCCGAGAGGCAAGGUGUGCGUUAUAAAAGGCGGUACAAAAGGGCAACGCAUUCAGGACAAAAAGCUGAUCGGGGACAUCUUCGCGGUAACUCUGCUUGUGUUGACUUCAAUGCCAACCUAAUCAAUGUCAGGUGCCUUUUUGACUUAAUUUGUUUAUAUCGAGACAGGCGUAUACAGGUGCAGGUUUGUAAAAUCUUAUCACCAUUAGAAAAAGAAAAAUCAUUUAUUAGCACUGUCUACGGUUCACAUGCGUAGUGGGCAUGCGGGUGUUUGUGCUUCACGUGGUCGGUAGGUGCUGGAGCCAAUCGGACAGGCGUCCUUGGCUCGUCUUCACCAUUGGGUUCUGUCAAAUGACGGCCAAAUCCUAGUGAUGGUUAAGUCAGUAACUAGACCAUUUUUACCCAUGUUUAAGUUUUAUUUUUACAUAUGUGUUUAAGUCUGGGCAUUUGCUCAAAAGAUCUUUUUAGAGCUUUUUCUGUCAAGAAGUGUGUUCGUAGUGGGACGAAGCUGAGACAUGAGGAUGUUUCUGCCCUAUGAGAUGGAACACGUUACCGAUAUUUCAGCUAUAUUUGAGGGUGCGUGUUUAUGAGGUCAAGCGCACACACCUCACAGUUUUCGUAGUAGUGUCACAAGAGAUUCGAGAGCCGAAGUUCCUGAAAGAUUUUAGACAGCCAAGGGAAAAUUAUUGUUUUGGAUAAGGACUGAGGAAGAAUUGAUGUUGUAUGUAAUAAAUAAGGAACUGAUCUACUGAGAUAUGUCGAGACUUAAAACAACUGUAAAUCAGUAUAGUGCGAUCACGUUCAGCCAAGGUAAAUUGCUCCAUUAAAAAUAGUCCUGACGCAAAAUCUAUGAUAACGCACUGCGUGCCAUAUGACCUAGGCAUAAUAUAAUAAUAAUAAUAAAAUAACUAGGCUAUGUAUCGAUGAAUAAAAUGCAUCACGCUUUAUCACUCUUCUAGAAUAUAUAUGAAGUGUGGUGUAUUGACUUUUUAAAAUCCUUAUAGAAAUAUAUAUAUAUGAAAUUCUUAUAGAAACUUGUCUUUAGAGAAAUUAUUAUCAAAGUAGCAGAGUUACCGCUAGACUAUCACAUAUGUCUUAUUACAAGGCGUUUGUGAUUCGAAAAAAGGCGAUGUAUUUUGGCAGACCUUCCGAAGCUAUUUCUAAUCAUAUACAACCGACUUAUAAAGGGAACAAGCGAAAAAAUUACUUUCGACGCUGAUAGUUCGCUGGGUUUUGAGCAAAUGUGCUUGUUUCCUCUACACCUGGUCUAAACUUAUUGUGGGCCGUACAUGUUUACCUCUGGGAGAGGUAAACAUGAAUAUGUACAGCUACCUCUAGAGGGAGCGUUAGAGAAAGAUAUUUUGCACGGUCAAAACGGAGACGUCACGUUUAACAUUAAGGGAGGGCUAUGGAGAAUUAGCUUGUGAUGAGACCACUUCAGUUGUUGCAAAUGUCCGAAUCAUUUUGUCGCAAGGAUGAUUUACUAUGAGUCGCCGUUACUUCUGCAGGCAUAAAAGGAAAAGCCACUCAGAAAAAUUGGGACGGUAGGUUGCGGCCGAUAUUGCCCACUUGUGGCAACAAUGGUGAAGCACAAAAAUAAACCGUAGGCUUAAGAUUUGUAUGACUGUGCUUUGCUAUUUUCCGUCUACGAUCUGAUGACAAUUAACAAUUAUUAUUAAAUAACAUUCACUAGAUAUGUACAUUCAUAGAUCUUUUCCUCAAUAUAAACUGAUUAAAGUAAGCAAUAAUUGUGGUUAAAAGCAAACUCUACCUCUAGUUGUGUUUAACACCUGCCUAGCAAGAUGUUGUUGGGGUCAUUUAAAUCUAUAUGCGCGUCAGACCUUCUCGUUGAGUUACAAUUUUAGAGCAAAAUAGAUUCUGUAGAGUUAUAUGAUUUGAAAAUUGUUCCAUGGAUGUUAAGGGAACAUGUUAUGCUGCUGUCUAACUCGUCUCAUCUGAGUUUACUCAGAAGUAGCUGCAGGGACUAUCUGUCAGACUUCCAAAUCGUCUUAUAGUUACAUCUGGAAUUUUCUAUCGAACCCACAAAAAUUCAGCUUAGAUAAAUUUAGGCAGGUCGUUUAACAAGCUUUCUUUGAUCAUUACUAUUAGCAAUGAUAUAGAGAAGUAUACAUUGACUUGUUCUUGGAGGCUGAGGCUGAGGUUGAGGCUUCAUUUGCCCUCUACAGUACUGGUGCAAAUACAACGUUCGGUAUUACGCGUCGUUCUUUCUGUAUGUAAGUCGGCUUCUUUACAGUUUUCUUCGGCAUUUAUCUAUUCUAUUUUGCUUGGAAGGGUUAUGUUUCAACCAAUAAUCCGAAUUUUUAGAAUAUUGAUUUUAGUGCACUGAACUUAAUCUGCUAUGGUGACGUCAGAACUGUACAUACGUCGGCGGAAGUUGUUGCAAACUGAACUCGCUUCCGCUGACUACGCUAGCAAGGGGUCAUCAUCUACCAGGGGAAAAAUAAAAACAGGCAGUAUUAGAAUAUUUGUUAUAGCACACCGGAGAGUCGACGAAAAAAGUAGCGUCUUUUGAUACCAUUCCUGAAAAACAUGUUAAAUCUUUCCCCGGCUAUUGUCGCCGGCUUGCAUUGAAUCGGAGACGAUUCGUCAUCAUCACACAUUUUAUAGAUCGUCUGCCAUUUCUUUUACGAUUCUGCAAUGGGAACAAUUCAACGGCGGCUUCCUUAAAGCAUCUCUAGCUACUCUGUUGUUGGGGCGCAGACCUUCGUUGUACGUUCGCUGUUUUACUGUGAAAUCAACGUUGUUCUCAAUGGAAGCAGUGUUAUACACACCGUGUCUACUGGAACAACUAGACUUUUUCGGUCGUUACCACCGCUGCUGCAAAAUGAACCGUUGGGGCAUCACGAAGGCAAGGAUUUGUUCAACGUCGGGAGCUGCGUACAAUCGGCUUGGCUUGUAUGGAUUGUUAUUAGCUAUUUCUCCUACUGAUUGCAAUUAUGCAGAUACAAAAAUCGUCUGUCGACAACUAUUGUCAAUUGAAUGUAUCGUUUAAUGACAACGUCGUCAUAUUGAUUGAUACUACCCGCCUGAAUGACUAUAACUGGCAAGUGACCCAGGUUUUCAUCAUCCAAAGAGAAAUAAUAUUCCUACAUUUUUUUUAAGCAGCGUAUUUACUUUCGCACUUCUUUAGUCACUGUAGAUUCAAAGCAUAGAUGCUCAUGGCAAGCAAGCUUUCUGCGAAUGUCCUAUUCUUCCAGCAGUACUGGCAAUUAGACAGUGACAGAGUAGAGUGAUGGGUGAUUAUCUUCUUACGAACGACAUCUUCACGUGGGUAGUGCGUCUGUUAUCUUCAACAAACUGCCCUACAUAAUCCAGCAGGACUCGAUCGAAGUGAAGUAUAAGCAUAUAUUUUUAAGCUACAUGCUACGGCUCAUACUAACGUAAUUUAAUUACUUGAGCCAUCAGCAGCCUGCCAUCAAAAGGUUUUGUGGUGGUAACCAAGAUACGAUGUUAAUUAGCUAAAUUGAUAGGCAUCGAUAUUAUCGUUAUAUGAUCUUCACGGAAAAGUGCGUUCCUUAGCUGAGUAUGCCACUGCACUUAUAUAGUAUUAGUACAGUUCGUUCAUAGAACAGCUAAAAAAUCAGUGUUGGAGAUGUCUCAGCGUCAGUUGCUUCAGGAAUUUCUAGCACUUAUGCAGAGAGCUACAUAUCUGAGAAAAUUAUAGAAAAUGUUUACUUUUAAAGAGAAUUCAACUCUUAUUACUGAGUUCCUCUUUAUUAAGGCCAUAAAGACAAAAUGAGAGAGAGUAUCGUAGCUCAUAUCGAUAUUCUUCUGAGUCAAGGGACCGAAAAAACAAUUCGGAAGUAGAUUUUCUUAAAAAAAUAAAACGCCAACGUAUAGUGUAUAUUUAGAGGCAAAAUAGUUUAGGAUAAUAAGCAAUAGUUUUUUCCAGCGGACUUUUAGUCAUAAUAGAGUUUGCAUAAACAAGUUUAAUAUUGAUCAUGGAGAUAUUCCUUGCAAUCCCUAAACGAAUCUCACAACUUCUCGCACUCUAUGUAUAGAAAUUUUUAGAACGGGUACACAAUUGACUAACAGGACGUAUUUUUUUUUCUUAUUAAGGACGCCUUGUGCAAUCAAGUGUAGACUUACAGCAGUUUCUGAUGUACUAAGGUACAUUUCGUUUCAGCUGACACCUUUUAGCUCAAAUUUUUUUGAUUCAAUUUGUUGAAGGACAUUGGAUAGAGUAGUUCCAAUGAAAUUCUGAAGACUCUAUGUCAUGUAUGCGUAAUUCCUACCUAAACGGCUGUAUUUGGCUAAUGACAUGCCUUUUAACUUUUGUGGUCUUUGUCACUUUGCAGGGUUCUCGUCGGUAAAAUGCUGAUUUAAAACUCGUGUAUUCUAUGGCCAUUAGUUAAGAAUCGUGUACUUGUGGUAUUGUGCGUACAUGAGAUAAUUCGACGCUCAACAAACCAUGCAACCACAUUUCGUCUGACGACUUCACUUCGCCAACAUGAGUGGGCCGUCCAGUUCGAGAGGAUAACAGCAGGACAGUUUACACACCCCACAUAAACGGGUCAGAUGAAUCCGCUGGGGUUGGUGGUUUAGAUAAUUGUAAAACGGUAUUAAAAUUAAGAUGUCGAACGAAACACUGACGAUCAAGGAAGAACAGACAGAAAGGCACGAGAGCAUGACUCCGGUUGAUGUUGGGCUUUAUAAAAAUCUGAACCCGAACCCUCUUGAAAAUAUUCCGAUGCCACUUGCAUUAGCACAACUGCCGGACACAAUGUCGCCGGUAUUGUUCGACAGUGGUCCUCCAACACCGACUACCCGUGAACUGUUAGCAGCCAAAAUGCUCCCACUUGUGGAGCCUGCAGAAAUCCUUCCUACACCAUCGAAUCCUCGAUGGACAAACAACGGUCGGCAGACAUCUGCUGUUCGCAUGCUUGAUUUAGCUGUCACCAUUGAAAGGCAAAUUGUUCAGAAUGGCGGUAAGCCUAUCAGGCAUCGAAAUCACCGAAACGAGCGGUUUCGACUCAAGCCUGAAAUCGAAGCCGAACUUCAGCCCGCAGUAUCACAAUCCAGCGGUGAGCGUACUGUUAGUAUAGGGAGGUCACGUGCAGACCUAUUCCAGGGUCCAUCAUUGACAAUCGUUUCGGGCAGUACCGCCAAAGAAACAGGAGAGGACGCCAGCCAGGCAUCGACUUCUACGACAGAAGGAGGACCAAAGGACGAAACUGAUGACCGACGGAGUGAACAAAGUGACGGGCCAGCUGGAGACGUUGACAAUGUCGACGCUGUGGACCAUGAAGACGACGACGACGGCGGCGAUGAGGACGAUGGGGAAGGACCAGGAAUGGAUUUCUCGCCGGAAUGUAUCCUGCAAGAAGGUGUUGUUCCUAUUGGCGAGAUAGCGCCGACGUCAUGUCAGUGCGGCUUCACAACGUCCGACAUUAGUGAAAUGAAGGCGCACACAUGUCCAGAAGGCACCCUAGUUAAAUGUCAGUUUUGUCCAAAAACCUUCCGACGAGCUGAUCUAGCUCGGCGCCAUUCACGAAAUGCUCAUCCUGAACUUAACAAGGUGCUUGUAUGUCCCGAAGAAGGCUGUACCUAUCGAACGCGAGACGCUCCGCUGUUUGAACGACACGUGAUGCGGCACAAAGGAAUCAAAUUUUGCGAAUGUGAUCAAUGUGACUAUAAAACUGACUCACCAAAAUGUCUUCGCAUACACAAGCUGACGCAUUCGGGCGAGAAGCCGUUUGCGUGCCACCUUUGUGAUUACCGGGGCACACAACGCGGCCACUUGCGCGAUCACAUUCGGCUAGUUCACAUCAAGUCGAAGGAUUUUCACUGUGAGAUAUGCGGAAUGCAGUUUGGCAUCAAAGGCGCCCUGAAACGCCACAUCAAAAACAUACACGAAAAACCAAACAAAACGUACACUUGUAACGAGUGUGGCUACGUGACAGCUCGGCGUGACCGGCUGCGCGAGCACUAUCGGAGUCAUAGCGGUGAGAAGCCGUUUGCGUGCACGUUGUGCAGCUAUCGCACGGCAUCAAGACAAAGCCUCAAUAAGCAUGCCAAGGGCCAUCUAAAGCGAGCAGUGAAGGCACUUAACAUGGCGAAUCAGGUUGAGGACGCACAGACUCUCUCGACGCAAGAUGACGCCGGGACGGAACUCGAGUGCGGCGGAGAGGAGGAAAGUCAAGCUUCAGUAGUUAGCGAAAGUUUCGUGAGCAACGUCGCGGCCCAGCUCGAACGAAUGCAGCGACUGGUCAGAGCAGCGCAACAUGAGGCUGCUCAAGCGAGCAGUUCAUACUGAUCUGAUCUGCACCGCUGACCUUCGCCGUUUCCUAAAAUAUUCAACUCAGUCCCGAUAUAUAUAUAUAUAUAUAUAUAUAUAUAAUUAAAUUAUUGCUAGUGUUAACCAUCAGAUUCAUCAUCGUAUCAACCACUCUAAUAGCGACAGAAAAUAGUUCAAGGGAGUUGGCUUGGUGGCUGAAGGCAGCAGCGUCAAUAAAUAGAUGCUGUUGUAGAAAUGUAUAUUUCAUAACCUGAAAACGUUUGUGAAUAGUCGUGACCGCGCUAAUUUACAGGCCUGGAUAUGGCGUACACUUUAUGUUCAAAGCCUGCAUCUGUCGAGAUAGACAGAAGAAGUUUAUAAACACAACUCGGCAAUGUUAAAGUUAUGUUUUGAUUAAAAACAUCUAUUUUCUAAGACGCACAAGCCACUAGUAGCCGAAUAGGAUACAAACUGAACGUCUAUAGUCUUAAGGGCUAUUUGUUGUCUCUAGCUGGGUCAUGAGUCAUGUAUAUCGUAGACAAAGCGAAGAUGCAGUAGUUAAAACGAAACUGUUCAUUUUCGUUUUCUGUUUGUGAGUCAUUAUUGUUAUAGUUGAAAAAUACGCUGGCAGCGUAUUCUUCAACUUCUCUAUUGUCUUAUAGCAGUAAUAUAAUAUACAAUAUAGUGUGGUUAUGGAAAAUAAUCAGAACGGUGGUAAUAACUUAUUAUUGUGGCUGCGGGCAACGUAAUACCGUUAUCACAAAAGUACUGUAGAAUGCGAAAAUUUAGACUAUUAUCUGUUUGUCUAGUAGGACUACUUCUGCUACUUUCAAGUGUGGCUAUUUGUACAGGAAAACAAAGCUAAUUAAUAUGUGACCUAGGAUGUCCUACUGUAUUAUUAUUGAGUGAUGUAUGUGCGUGUGUGCCUGUGCAAUUUUUGUGUAUGUGUGGUAAGGAGCAAAUAGCAAUGACAUUCCUAUUUUGUGAUUUGCCAAAAGCGAGGUGAACAAGAAGCGAUAUUCUUUCAUUUGUCAUGGGUUACCGAGAUACGAAAAGUUCUCUGUGCAAGUCUGGAAGCUUCGCAGGACGGGAAAAGAAACAAGGGUCAUGGAGGUUAUUCUAAGCACUGUGUAAACACAAUUUAUUACGAGUAUAUAUAGAAGUAUAUACGUGUGACGAAGAUAUCAGGAAAGAAAGCGCAGGAGACGAAGUGCAUAUCGACUAACGAAUGUAUCCCGGUGCAUUUUGGGAUCAGUAUAUAGGCCUGUACAAAGCAAAUAUAUAAAUGAAUAAAGACGAU